UACGCAUCACAUUGCUUCUCUUUUUGUUUUUUUCUUUUGAUAAAUACACACAUCUCUUUGUCUUUGAUCUCGCUCACUUUUCCGUUUCUUCUACUGUCUAAAAGUUGAAAGCUCACACUCAUUUCUCACCACUUGCGAGAACUUUCAGGGGGUGUUCCACUGUUAAAUUAGUCGACUUGUUGAUUCUAUUCUCUACUCACAACCCUCAAAUCGAAUCUGGAUAUAAAAAUUUUCACUUUUUGAUCUGGGCAUUUCUAAAGCUUUUUUUUUUUUAAGUUUCUGGUCUUCGUCUGCUCCUUCAGUUCCAUUGAUUGUUUUUACUUCGAGAAGUUGGAGAAAAUCUGAGUUGUUCUAAGAAAUUAUGGAGUCUUACUGUUCAGCCAUGAAGCUUCAGUGUACGAGUCCCUUUGGUAUGAAGAAACAAGUUGUUUCUGAGAGACCAAGUGCGUUCUGGGGAGCCGAAGUUGUCAAGGCCAGUAAUCUGAGGAUACAGAAAAUUAGCAGUGGACCUCAAAAGAUCCAGACAAAGCUCAUUUGCUCUGUUCUCACCCCAUUUGUUGAUCAAGAGUCUCAUGAACCUCUCUUGAGAACUCCAAGAGCAGACCCAAAGAAUGUAGCAUCUAUUAUACUAGGUGGUGGUGCUGGGACUCGCUUGUUCCCUCUUACAAGCAAGAGAGCAAAACCUGCGGUGCCGAUUGGAGGGUGUUACAGGCUCAUAGAUAUACCGAUGAGCAAUUGCAUCAACAGUGGUAUUAGAAAGAUCUUCAUCUUAACUCAGUUCAACUCCUUCUCUCUCAAUCGCCAUCUUUCUCGCACUUACAACUUUGGAAAUGGAGUUAAUUUCGGUGAUGGGUUUGUUGAGGUUCUUGCUGCAACACAAACUUCAGGAGAUGCAGGAAAGAAGUGGUUUCAGGGAACUGCUGAUGCUGUUAGGCAAUUCAUAUGGGUCUUCGAGGAUGCCAAGACAAAGAAUGUGGAACAUGUCUUGAUCUUGUCUGGUGAUCAUCUCUAUCGGAUGGAUUAUAUGAACUUUGUGCAGAAGCACAUUGAGUCAAAUGCUGAUAUCACAGUUUCUUGUCUUCCCAUGGAUGAGAGCCGUGCUUCGGAUUAUGGGCUCCUUAAAAUUGACGAGUCUGGACAAAUCGUUCAGUUCUCCGAAAAACCAAAGGGAAAUGACUUACAGGCAAUGCAAGUUGACACUUCAAUUCUUGGGCUACCACCAAAAGAAGCUGCAGAAUUCCCAUACAUUGCAUCAAUGGGUGUUUAUGUGUUUAGAAAAGAGGUCUUACUUAAGCUUCUAAGAUCGAGUUAUCCUACUUCCAAUGACUUUGGUUCUGAAAUCAUCCCAUUGGCCGUAAAGGAGCAUAAUGUCCAGGCAUUUUUGUUCAAUGACUAUUGGGAGGAUAUUGGAACCAUAGGAUCAUUCUUUGAUGCCAAUUUAGCCCUCACGGAACAGCCUCCUAAAUUCCAGUUUUACGAUCCAAAAACACCCUUCUUCACUUCUCCACGAUUCUUGCCACCUACCAAAGUUGAUAAAUGCAGGAUUCUUGAUUCUAUAGUUUCACAUGGAUGUUUCUUGAGAGAAUGCAGUGUGCAACACUCUAUUGUGGGCAUACGAUCACGUGUAGAGUCCGGAGUAGAGCUUCAGGAUACGAUGAUGAUGGGUGCAGAUUUCUACCAAACGGAAGCUGAAAUAGCUUCUCUGUUAGCAGAAAGGAAAGUUCCGAUAGGGGUAGGCGAGAACACCAAGAUCAGGAACUGUAUCAUCGACAAGAACGCCAAGAUCGGGAAGAACGUGGUCAUAGCAAAUGCAGAUGGCGUGGAAGAAGGAGAUAGGCCAGAGGAAGGGUUUUACAUAAGGUCAGGCAUUACCGUUGUGGUGAAGAACGCAACCAUUAGAGAUGGUUUUGUUGUUUAGCUUUUAAACUCUCUCAGGAACCGUGUAAAUCUCUUCUUGUUCUGUAAGUAGAGACGUUAUGCUCGAUUAAUAGUUUUAAUAAAAUAAAGAGGGACAACGAGCGCCAGUUUUAAUAUAUU